AUGGAAACAGACGAGAACUGGGUAAAAUUUUUCCAAUCAGUUCUAGUGUGCAUUGAGAAUAAAGAUCACGCCAGAGCUUUAGAAUUCAUCCGACAGCUUUACGAUUCUGGCGAGGUCUACUACGGCGGAGUGGAGAACGAGGACAUUGCCAAUGAGAUCUACAGGCAUUGCUUGCAUCUUUUAGAUACAGGACAGAAAAAACUCAGGUUGCUGAGAGAAAUACAAGAAGUCAUAAACGAGUACUCUGUAGUAGAACAUCCGAUAGUUUGGCACUGCAUGGCCGAGUUAAGGACUUCCUACAACCAUAUGCUGGGUCUGAAUGCCGGAAAUCAAACCGCCACAGAAAUCAUACGAAGAGAAUUGCUUAAAUUUUUUGUUUGCAGUGGCUGGAAACUUCUUGAAGAGAAUUUAGGUGAAUUGGUUUGCAGAAUGUGCAUGAACCUGCGGAGAGAUUUCCAACAAUAUCCCGAAUUUUUAACACUUUUAACCCUCUGGGCCCACGCACUGGAAAAAGUUGGGAAAGUGGAAUUAGCUAUUCAAAAGGCACAGGAGGCAAAUGACGAGAAAUUGGAGUCAAGAUUACUUUGCCAAAAGGCCCGAGAAAGCGACAGCGAACCAGAUGAAGAGUGGUUAAAAGAUACAUAUGCUUUUGACUUUGCAAAGUCUCAAGAACAAAGAAAAUCAGCGAACAUAUCAUUAAAGAAGAAAAAAUCAAGAAGCAGACCAAAACGAAGAGAUAAAACAAGCCAAGAUAGUGGGAGGUUUGACCCAUUGGGCGAGGAAAACAAGGCUGAAGAUGUACAUAAUGCAAUUGUUGAAGUUAAUAGUUCCAUCAAAAGCUGGAAAGACGUAACAGAAUUUGAUCUGCCGAUUGGAAAACCCCGAAGGAGAAGACAUAGACUACAAAAAAUAAUACCGGAUGAAGGAAAUUCUCAACAACAUCAGCGACAUCCAAAGUCACAAGCUGAAUCACGCUCGAAAUUUAAUAGGCCGAUCACUAGAAAAACGACUACCCCGGGAGGAUUUUCUGAAGAUGAAUUUGACAUGUUAACUCCUGAAGAUUUAGAGGAAUUUGGUUGGGACUUUGAAUCCUCUGAUGAGGAAAGUUCAUCGCAAGAAGAAUUUAGAAAGUCAUCACAAGGUGAAGAAUCGCAGCAUGAAAGUUUUUUUGAAGAAUCGCGCCAAUUCUACAGCUCUCAAAACCAAAAUGAAAGUAUUGAUGAAAACCUGUUAAGAAAUGGUCUUGAACUUUCUGAAGGUUGUGUAAGUAAACUAAGGCAUGUCAAAAAUAGGACAUUUUACCACGAAAUGCGCAGCAAAGAGGAAUGCCUUGAGCUGUGCAAAAACUUUCCUGAUACCUACAAACAUUGUAAAUUGCAAAUUUUCAAUCCUCACAAAGCACUUUGUUUUUCCUUGGUUGAUGAACUUGAGAUAGAAAUUUCAGGACGAUCAAAAUGCGGGAAAGCCUUUAAUCAAGACCAGGUUGUUGUUGAAAUUUUGAAAAAUCCCAGAAAACUACCUAUCAGUUCAGUGCAACCUACGAAGAGUUCUGAAAAUGCUUUGAACAAAACAUUUGGAAAAGUCAUUGGAAUUACCAAAAGAAAUGAAACAUUGCCUAAACAUCCUGUCUUUGUGUGUACCCUUGAUCGAUAUCAAAUGUACCAUAUGAAGCCGCUUUGCAAAACAGUUCCCAAAAUUCAUAUUCUAAAUUCGAAGAAGGAAAGAGAGUCUCAAGUUCAGAUUUAUAAGUAUGACAAAAGAGGAAAGGAUCUUAUAUUUGAUAGGCUAAAAUCAAUCGAUCAAUCAAAACGAAAAGGAUAUAUUUUUCUUGUGUGUUUCAUUGCUUGGAAUGAUCUCUAUCCACUUGGAGCUGUCAUCAGAAUGUUUGAUGGAAAAUGCGAUAUAAAAACCUCACUCAGACUGCUUUGUUUGAGAAACAAUAUAUCUGUACUCUACCAGAAAAAUACAGUCAACGAGGUAGAAAAAAUAAUACAGCAAAUGUCCGAUCAGAACAAAAAUGAACAACGGAUAGACUUUUCAGAAAGUCUGUCUGUUUUCACAAUCGAUGGAAAAGGCUCUCAAGACUUAGAUGAUGCACUUAGCAUACGAAAAAUAUCAGAAACAGAAUUCGAAAUCGGUGUUCAUAUUGCUGAUGUUGGCAGUGUUGUAAAGAAGGAUGAUCCUAUUGAUCGAGAGGCACAAGAGAGAUCAAAUUCGUGUUAUCCGGGUAAUAACAGUCCACCAUAUCAUAUGCUCCCUGAGCCUUUGGCGACAGAUAUCUGUAGUCUUCUUCCUCAAAAGAAGCGAAAAACACUUUCAAUUUUUUACAAAAUGGACGUAUAUGGAAAUGUCUUGGGAAAAAAGAUUGAACGCACUUUAAUUGAAUCCAGACGACGUUUUACGUAUCAAGAAGUUCAACAACUGUUGUCAAGAACAACUGAAAACGAAGAGUUCAUGCAAGAAUUUCGAAACUUGCAUUGUAUAACCAAGCAAAUUCGUUUAAGGCGCUUGAAAAAUAAAAUAUUUUCCUUUCCAUUUGAAUCACCAUUCAAAGACAGCGAUAACUCUUACUUAGAGAGUCUUGAUGCUCACAUAAUUGUAGAAGAAUGUAUGAUUCUUGCAAAUCAAACCAUAGGCCAGGCAUUGAUUGAAAGGUUUCCAGACUGUGUUCCUCUUAGAAUACAAAGUGAACCUUCAUCUUCAAAAAUCAAUGAAUGGUUAGAAAGUUACCCUGUCAUUGCAGAAUUCGUUCUAUCGCUUCAGGAUCAAAAACUUCCAACAAAUAGAACAUUGUCUUUCGAAAACAUUUCUGAAGACAAAUUAUUGCAACAACUACCAGUACAAAAACAUAUAUGGAACAAAAUCGAAUCAAAUUGUAGAGAGAAAAAUUUUAAGAAUAUGCAGAGAUUAAUUGGUACCGAUGAAUUUCACCCAUUUCAAGCAAUGGCAUAUCAGUCAUGGAUCUCAUUUCAAGAGACUUCAUGUUAUCAGUGUUCGGGAUCAUCUCAAGAGAAAGGACAUUUUUCUCUGGGAAUUGCUCCGUACGUUCAUUUUACGUCUCCCAUUCGGCGUUAUGCAGAUCUGAUUGUGAAUCGUCUUGUUCAUGCCCUUCUUGACAACAAAGGGUCUCCCUAUUCUCAGAGAGAAGUUGAAAUGUUGUGCAAAAAAAUCAAUGGAAGCCGAAGCAGAGAAUUUGAGAGACAGUGUCGGUUAAUGCACCUUGGAAAACAAAUUAAACAACAACCAAUUAUAUUAAACAGCUUGGUCUUAUCAGCAUCAGAAAAAUCUCUUUUAGUUUGUUUUCCUGGUCAAAGAGAAUUAACCAAAUCAUGUGGUGAAAUUCAAUAUCAUUUACUAAAGCUGAAAUCAAAACCAGAUGUAGAGGAAAGUAAAGACAAAAAACAUUUAUUGACUCUUUCAUGGCAACAGCGUUUGUAUUCAUCACUUGGAUUUUCGUCUAAUGCGUCAAAUUCUAAAAGAGGGCCAGUUAAAAUCAAUCCACAUCAAAGGGUACUUUUUAUGUCCCUCUUAAAAUGGAAACGGUUGUUAGAAUCUCUCAUCAGAAACAAUAUGAGUUCUCUGGAUGAGAAUAUAUUCUUUGAAAAAGAAGUUUUACCAAGUGCUAUUGAGUGCCAAGGUACACAUUCCGAUGUAAGUUCUGAAACGAUAGAUGGUAUCAUUGGAAAACAAUACACUGAUUUCAGUUUGACUUUUAGCUCUGCCCAAAUCAUUCCUAUUCAAAUGGGAGCUGAACAAUAUGGAGGAAUGCUUAUGCCAGUUAUUCACCUCAUAGAAAAUACAAAAAAUGUGAAGUGCUGCGUACAACAUAUGUCUGAUCCAGUGCAAUGUUUCUCUUCAUACGCCACUAGACAUGCAGGCAACCGAAGGAUGACAUCUUCUGAAUAUAUUCAAAGAUGGCUGAACAUAUUUCGAAUGGAAUCCGUAACCAAUGCAACAAAGUCCAUAUCAAUUGUCAUAAACGAUUUGCGCGUUAACUUUCAUGGAUCUGGUGAAAUUUACGAUGGUUCGUUCAUACUUCUAAGGUCAUUUUGUCUGCAGAGAGAUAUAGACUUCAGAUGGCACAUUGAAAAGGAGAGUGAAAAGUGUGUCUCAUACCAAACGGAUUUUAUUUGCAUCCGAUGUGAAUUGAUAAAAGGGAUUCCUUUGCAGGCAAGUAUAGCAAGUUCACCAAAUGAGCGAAGAAUAUGGGUUGGUCAUGGAGAGACAAAGAUUUUUCAAAGGGGUAAAAACAGUGGAGAUGUUAAAGUACACUUUAAAUUGCACAAAGACAGUCCUAAACUAGCCCCUUCGAUGGAGGGUGAGAGCAGUCCAGUGUGCACUGUUGAAAUACUUCAAAUGUCUGAUUCAGACAAGAAUAUUGAAGAUGCCUUUAAAGGAUUAGAAAACGCAGGGCAACUUGCUAAGUCAAUAGCUUUAAGAGAAAAAUUUCAAUCUCUAGACGACGCCCAUGUGAGAUUGGCAAAAGAAACAAAGCCUGAUGUGAUGCACGAAUCUUUACAACCGAACAAUGAAAAGCAGUUAGAGGCCAUAAAGAAGGCCCUUUCAUCUAGAUUUACUCUCAUUCAAGGUCCUCCUGGUACAGGCAAGACCUUGACUGGAAUUAAGCUCAUAUUGUUGUUUACGGACAUCAAUCUGAAGUAUCGAGAAAACGGUGGUGACCAUAAGCAAGUUGUUUACUGCGGACCUUCAAAUAAGUCUGUUGAUUUAGUAGCACGAUGGAUAAGAACUCAUUUAAGAGAUCGUUCCCCAAAAAUGGUGAGAAUGUAUGGAAGUUCCAUAGAAAGUACCGUAUACCCAAUUCCCGGUAGAGAUUACAUAAAUCAAACCUCAUGCAAAGACAAUCGACCGGAUUUUGAUCUCGAAGAAGUGUCACUCCAUAACUUGAUUCGAGUAAAGGAUAAAGAAUUCGCUGAAGAACUUAGACAGUUUGAUAAACUUUUCAGGGAAAAUCCAGAUGGUACCUGUAUUGACCCAGAAAAAGUUAUUGAAUAUAAAAAGUUACUCUCAAAGGCGACAGAGGAGGAGCUUAAACAUUAUGACGUUAUCUUUUGCACAACUGCCGUAGCAACAAAUGCAAAAUUUCUUAAAGCCACAAAAAAUAAAAUAUUUCAGCUCAUAAUUGAUGAGGCAGGCAUGUGCACUGAACCAGAAACCAUGGCUCCAAUUAUUGCUGCAAAACCAGACCAAGUCGUUCUUAUUGGUGACCAUAAACAACUUCAACCAAUCAUCAUUUGUGAAGAAGCGGCUAAAUUGGGACUUUCAACAUCCCUCUUUGAGCGAUAUGCUGACAAUGCUGUGUUUUUAGACAUCCAAUACAGAAUGAAUGAAAAGAUUUGCGAAUUUCCAUCAAAACAGUUUUACAAGGGAAAACUUAAAACCGGACCUUCCGGAAAAUAUAAAGUCAAGGAACCUUUACAAAUAUGGAGAAAUCCACAUAUCCCUCUCCUGUUUUGUCACAUAGAAGGAGAAGAAGAAUGCCUAGCGGUAUCUACAGAAGAGGGAAAUCAGCAGUCGAGGAGCAACAAGGCAGAAGUGGAACACGUGGUUAAAGUUUAUGAUUUUCUGAUGUCUCAUAAUGGAAUACAGACACAUAACAUUAAAGUUAUGUCGCAGUACAAUGCACAGUGUUUUGCGAUACGACAGGCUCUGUCGGAGAAAAGAUUCAUUAAUUACAAAGUUAAUACGGUUGUAUCUAGUCAAGGUGGUGAGUGGGACUAUGUGAUUUUCAGCACUGUCAGAUCACUUCCAGAUUACAGGAUUGAAUCAUAUCCUACACUAGGCUGGUGCAAGAAAAACCUAGGUUUUAUUACAGAUAAACACCAAAUCAAUGUUGCUCUUACCCGUGCCAGAAAAGGCAUUAUAAUCAUAGGAAACAAGAAGCUGCUUCAAUGUGACCUUGUUUGGGGAGAACUGAUAAGCCACUACACAGCACUAGGCUGCGUAGUGGAUGCUGAGAAACAAAAUCUCAAGAGAAGAAAAUAA